CAGAGUCGGGCGAAAGUGCAGGUAUAUAUGCGGCUGAUUGGCGCGAUGUCGGGCCAGUGAAUUCGUACGUAUUCGCCAUGAGAGUUCAGACAGCAGUAGUCCUCGUCGUUCUUGUCGGCCUGGCGUCAGCCCGACCCGAGCAACCCUCCAAGAACAAGGCCGUCGACCCCGAGAGCAACGCCGAGAGCAAGGACAGCAAAAGCAAGCGCGGCCUCCUUGACCUCGGGCUCGGCCACGAUUUUGGUGAAUUUGAGGCCGGACACCUUGAGCUCGGGGGCUCAGUGGGCGACUCCCUCGGCGUUUCCCUCGGCGAGUCACCCGACGAGGGCCACAUCUCCGGCAUCACGAUUCAUCGUGAGGUGAAGGUGCCGGUGCCAGCGCCGUACACCGUCGAGAAGCACGUGCCCGUGCCCUACCCCGUCCACGUGAAGGUGCCCGUCGACAGGCCGGUGCCCUACCAUGUGCCCGCACCGUAUCCAGUGCCCGUCGAGAAGCACGUGCCCUAUCCCGUGGAGAAGCCCGUCCCCUACCCGGUGAAGGUUCCCGUUAAAGUGCCGGUAGCCGAGCCCUAUCCUGUCCACGUGCACGUCAAGGUACCAUACACCGUUGAGAAGGAAGUGCCCUACCCGGUUAAGGUCCCCUAUAUCGUCAAGGAGUCCUACCCGGUCUAUGUGCACGAGAAGCAUCACGACGACUUGGGCGGAGGCUACGGCAACCUGCUGCAUCAUCACUGAGGGGGCCCGCUUGGCCCGUCUCUGUAAAUAUGGACGAACGCGAAUCCAGGAUGAAUUGUCCCGGGCUCGCGUGACGGGAAUGUGCAAGACUUCUAUCAUUCAACUUCUUCUAUCUUGUAGAUAGUCUCGACUGCGCGCAGACUCCUCAUUUUGUCACCUUUUUCAUUUCAAUGGCGAUUAGCUGGCGAUUGGCUUAUUACACAUGUGAAUUUCCUUGUACGAGCUUCGAGAAUAAAUAAUAUUUUUCUACGAUA